AUGUUUUCGCUGGUCAAACUAAAUAACAAUCUGACGACUUUCCAUUUCGGGAUUGCAACUUGUUCAUACUUGGGCCUUGCGCCGACGACGUUGGCCAUGCGGAUCCGGUCUCGUGCUUCACGUCGCCUUUGCUUCUCUCCUCCCAUACCAAAUCUCGAUCGGGUCUGCGCUCAUUGAUGGCUUUCCUGGCCAACUGCAGUACACCGAACAAGUUCUGGUGGCUGUGGCGGUUUUCAGCGCCCGCUCUCCAGUGUCUUCGGGAUUCCUAGCCUUUUUCAGUCGUGGCCCUCUUUUCCCUGGGCACAUUCUUUUUAUUUCGUAGCACUCUUCAUUUGUUUUCAGCUCUCAAACAAUGUUCUCUUCGUGUUUACAGAUCCUAGAAUGGGUUCGAAAUGGGGAGAACCGAAAUGUGCUUUAAUUACCGGUGGAUGCGGCUUCAUUGGAUCAAACUUCAUUAAUUACAUAUAUAGCAGAUGGGGAGAAACCAAGUUAGAAUAUUCUCGGCUGUUAAAAACUUGCAGUAUUUUUUUUAGAAUCAUCAACUUCGACAAACUGGCGUUCGGAGCAUCGCCAUUGCAUGUGGAGCGAGAAGUUCGCGAGUCAAGCCGCUAUCACUUUGUUGAGGCUCGUUUGGAAGAUCAAGACGUUCUCGACCGCUGUCUUCAGGAGCACCAGGUUAGUCUUCUCCAGCUCUAGAAGGCCCUACCGAAAAGAGUGUUUUCCUUCCAAAUACGGGUUAUGAGCUUGGUCAACAGCAAAUUCUGUGAAACUCUUUCGGACUAUCACAGACAAACAUUUUUCAGUCUAUGGGUUUUCACAGAGGACUUUGACUUUCAGGUCGACAUGGUAAUUCACUUUGCUGCCAUCACACAUGUCGAUGAAUCUUACACUGAUCGUAUUGGCACAAUCCAAGACAACAUCAUUUCCACAACGACUCUACUCGAGAGCAUUGCCAACAGAAACUACAAAGGCGUGAAGCGUCUAGUUCACAUCAGCACAGGUCGGACUCUCCUUCUUUCUCCUAUGAUUCAAAAAAAGUUCUUCAGACGAAAUUUAUGGAGAUUCAUUUGCGGAUUCGACUCCAAAAACGGAAAACUCACUUCCGAAUCCAACGAAUCCAUAUGCUGCGAGUAAAGCUGCAUGCGAAAUGAUUAUCAGAUCAUAUUGGGUUGAUUAGAAAACAUGAUUUGUUUUCAUAAUCGUUUUAGCAUUCGUAUAAGUUGCCAUACGUGAUGGUGCGUAUGAAUAACGUCUACGGACCACGUCAGGCUUAUACGAAGCUCAUUCCGAAGUUCACGAAGCUCGCUCUCGAUGGCAAGCCUUACCCGUUGAUGGGAGAUGGGCUUCAUACCAGGUUCAAGUCAAAAUUUGUGAAUAUUCAAUGAAAAGGUUUUUUAGAAGCUGGAUGUACGUGGAAGAUUGCUCGGAGGCUAUUCUCCGUGUGGCUGUGGAGGGAGAGCUCGGACAAGUUUACAACAUUGGUACUGAGUUCGAAAUCACCAACCUUGAGCUCACGAGAAUGAUCCAUGCCAUCGUCAACAAACUGAUGUGCAGGUAUGGCGGUCUAUCAAAAAGGCUCUCGAAAAGAAAGAUCUCAAUAAUUUAGCUGUUUUUUUUCUCUCUUUUUCCUUCAAAAAUAAAUAAAAAACGUUUUCUUCGUUCCUGAAGUCAACUAUGUUAGUCCUCUGGAGCGGGUUUCUCUGUAAUUUGAUUUUAUCUCAGUUCGAAAAAUCAAAAGUGCUGAAUGUGAGGACGAAAGAGAAAGCAGAUGGAUUCGGGCUAGGCUAGAAACAUUCCAAAGGAAGAAUUUCCUGUUUGAUAUUUUAAGUUGAGUUAUAACCGUCGCGGUCUGGAAAAUGAAAGUUUCUUUAUUGAAGUCAGGACAACGAAAGAAACUCAGCAAUUUAAAUCAAAGUUUCAAGGAUGCGUCUAUGUUUAUCAUCUUUGCAAGUUAGAAAAAGCUCUUCAGGAAGUUUUCGAUCUAAUGAGUCGGAUAAUUUCCACCUAUUAAAAUUUCAUUAAAAAUCAGAUCGAAUUAAAAAACUACUUUCAAAUGUAUAGAUUAUUUUUUUCAGAGAAGCCUGCCCACCGCAGUUCAAGCCAAUACCGGAUCGUCCGUACCACGACCGCCGGUACUACAUAGACUUUUCGAAAAUCCACAAAGCAAUGGGCUGGAAAUGCACGACGGCUUUCGGCGAAGGCCUCAUGAGGACCAUAGAGUACUACCUCAAGAUGCACAAAGUCGAGCGACAGUCGGAAAACAAACGCGUCCAGGGCUGA